AUGAAAUCAUCUUUGAAGAAAUUGAAAGGAUUUACUGCACUUCACAAACAUGGACAUGGUGGUGAUCAUAAAGACCGAAGGGAUCUUCGCUCUAUCGCACAAUUAGAUGAGCUCGCUAAAGCUUCUCGGGACAUGCAUGAUAUGAGAGAUUGCUAUGAUAGCUUACUUUCUGCUGCCGCCGCGACAGCCAAUUGUGCCUAUGCACUGGAUAUGGAGUUAUUUAGAUCAUAUGAAUCACAUUUUGUGCAUGACAUGUGUUCUGUCAACGAAAUGCGCUUACAUCAUUCCUAUCCUUCCUCAGAAUUCUCUGAAUCAGUGCGUGAAAUGGGUGCUUGCCUUCUUGAGAAAACUGCAUUGAAUGAUGAUGAUGAAGAAAGUGGUAGAGUCUUGCUGAUGCUGGGAAAAGUGCAAUUUGAACUCCAGAAACUUUUUGACCGCUAUCGUUCUCACAUAAAUAAGACAAUCAUAAGCCCAUCAGAGUCUCUUCUAAAUGAACUUCGAACAGUUGAGGAAAUGAAGCAACUUUGUGAUGAGAAAAGAGAUGUAUACGAGCACAUGGUGAGACAGAGAGGAAAAGGGAGGGGAAGAAGUGGAAAGGGAGAGAAUUUUUCUACGCAGCAACUACAAGCAGCUCAUGAUGAAUAUGAGGAGGAGGCUACUUUGUUUGUCUUUCGUCUUAAAUCUCUGAAGCAAGGACAAUCUCGCAGUCUUCUUACACAGGCAGCUCGGCACCAUGCUGCUCAGCAGCUGUGCUUCUUUAAGAAGGCUCUUAAAUCUCUUGAAGCUGUGGAGCCACAUGUCAAAUUGGUUACAGAACGGCACCAUAUAGAUUACCACUUUAGUGGACUUGAUGAUGAUGGGAGAGAUGAUGGCGACGACGACGACGACGACGACGACGAUUAUGAUGUUGCGAAUGAUUACAGAGAAUUGAGCUUUGACUAUGGACAAAAUGACCAGCAACAAGAAGUUUCCACACCAAAAAAGUCGACAGAGUUGUAUUCAGCGGACGUUACAUUUCCCCAGGUUGCGACAUUGGAAAUGACAAAGGAAAAUCUACAUAGAAGUUACAGGACAUCGUUUUCCUUUAAGGGAGAACUUCGUACAGGCACCCAAUCAGCUCCACUUUUUCCUGAAACUACAUCUAAUCCAGCUGCAAAAACAAAAAAACUGAUGCCAUCAUCCACUCGAAAGUUCAACACUUAUGUAUUGCCUACCCCAGCAGACCCAAAGACUUCAAAUUCCACAGGAUCUAGUAGCCCGGUUUCUCAAACAUUAAAGACAAGUUUGAGUGGACGUACAAUCAAUGUGUGGCAUUCAACCCCUCUUGACCCAAAAAAAAUUGAGAAGUUACUAGGAGUUGAAAUGUCUACCAAACCCACUGCUAUAAAUUCAGAGUCAGUACUCAAGGAGAGCAACAACAACACUGCAUCCGCUCAAUUGCCUCCUCCUCUAGCUGAUGGGCUCUUGUUUUCACGGCUUGAGCCAUUGGCUGCUUCUGAUUCCAAGAAAAUCAAAAGAUAUGCCUUUUCUGGUCCUAUUACACGUAAGCAAUUGUCUACCAAGCCGGUCUCAGCAGAACAUCACCAAUUGUUCUCUGGACCCCUUUUGCGAAAUCCAACGGCUCAAUUAUUAUCAUCACCUCCAAAAGUGUCUCCUAGAAUAUCACCGAAAGUAUCUCCUAGUGCUUCCCCUACUUUUGUGUCCUCGCCCAAAAUCAGUGAGCUACAUGAGCUUCCUAGACCCCCAGUCAGUUCAACCUCCAAGUCUCCUAGUGCGGAAGGUUUGGUUGGUCAUUCAGCUCCAUUGUUGCCCAAGGGUCGCAUGCUUCCUGGUACAAGCAAAACAUCAGCAUCAAAUGUAGCAUCUCAACUACCCACACCUUCUCAAGUUGUCACUCGCAGUUUUUCAAUACCAUCUAGCAGUCAUAGAGUAACGGUUGCUCAGAGUUCAGGGAUUGUUGAGGAUGUUGCCUCACCUCCUCUAACUCCGAUGUCUUUAUUAAUCCAGCCUUCAUCCGCUGGUUCCCAGACUGUCAAUCAGACGGUUCAAAUCAGAGGUAAUUCAUAA